UUGCGCGUGUUUGUUUACACACAAUUCUGUGUUAUACUGUGUUUUGUGUUUCUGUGUCAUUCCAUACAAUUGUGAUUCAUUUUGGCUGUUUGGAAAACGAUGUCGUAGCGGUAUGAGGUGGUGGGUGUGUCUGGUGGUCGGGUGCCUGGUGGGCGUGGUGCGCGCCUGUCCCUGGGCCUGCGCGUGUAGACCUUCAGCUGCUGACUGCGCGCAUCGUGCUCUCACGCAUGUACCUAGGCCUUUACCGCCUGAUACCCUGAGAUUAGAUCUCCAAGGGAACAACAUUAGUCUCAUUGUGCAGAGUGAUUUCCAGAAGCUGAAAGAUUUGAAAACAUUACAAUUACAAGAAAACCAGAUACACACAAUCGAGAGGGAUGCUUUCGUGGAACUGACUGCGUUGGAGAACCUGAAGCUUUACAAUAAUCGGCUGAACCACUUGCCCGAAGGUCUUUUUGUGAGAUUGAGGCACCUACAACGUUUAGACCUGAGCCGCAAUGACCUGUCAGCGAUCAGUCGGCGAACGUUCCGUGGGCUUACAGCACUAAAGUCGUUACACCUGGGAUGGAACCAGAUAAAAUGCAUCGACGACAAGGCGUUGGAACACCUCAAAAGUCUGCAGUACCUGACGUUAAGCAACAACAACCUUACAUCACUGUCAGUGGAGGCAGCGCUGGUCGCGCGACUACACGCUUUGAGAUUGGCCGACAAUCCCAUCGUUUGUGAUUGUCGAGUCGCGCGGCUCAGUGCAGCAGUGCGUGCUGCUGGUGUUAUGGGAGUGGGAGCCAGAUGCCAGUCGCCUGCGGCACUCCGUGGUGCGUUCCUCAGCGAAAUAGAGCCUCACGAGCUCGUCUGUUCUGGUCCAGCCAGUGCCAUAACAUCGGAAUGCUCCUCGGAGGCGCGCUGUCCUGCUGCUUGUCGAUGCGCAGGUGAUGGCACCGUAGACUGUCGGGAGAAGAUGCUCACACGUCUGCCAGAUAAUAUUCCACACCGGGCUACCGAAAUACGCUUGGAGAACAACGAGCUGACAGAAGUUCCAGCAGGCGCGUUCUCAGCCGUAAAGCGAGUCGCCAGGAUCGAUCUCUCCAACAACAAGAUAGCUGACAUCGCCGGAGAUGCCUUCAAUGGACUUGUCCAUCUAACUUCACUAGUGCUGUACGGGAAUAAAAUUAAAGAUUUACCAUCAGGUAUCUUCCAUGGCCUGACGUCUCUGCAAUUGCUGUUAUUGAACUCAAACGAGAUAUCUUGCGUGCGCAAGGACACAUUCAGAGAUCUGCAAAGUCUGAAAUUAUUAUCUCUAUACGACAAUAACAUUCGCUCGAUUCCAAACGGCAGUUUCGACGCUUUAAUCUCCAUACAGACACUGCAUUUGGGACGAAAUCCGUUCUCAUGUGAAUGUGGUUUGCGCUGGUUAGCAACGUACCUUCGAAGAAACCCAAUAGAGACCUCAGGGGCCAAAUGCGAUGCCCCCAAACGACUGGCGCGAAAACGGAUCGACGCGCUUCGAGAGGAUAACUUUAAAUGCAAACCGGGCGAUGAUGCUGCCGAAGUAUGCGGUGACGAGCCACCCUGCCCAGUACUAUGCGCGUGUGCUCGUGGCGCUUGGGGGCGGGGCUUGCGUGUGUCAUGUGUCCAUGCGGCCCUUACUGACAUACCUCGGGACUUGCCUCUGGACACACAUACAUUAAUAAUGCCAGACAAUAACUUGGGUCAGAUUAAGUCUGACGGACUUUUGGGACGUCUGCCAGACCUCACGAAAUUGGACUUCAGAAAUAAUGGUAUAUCAGUGAUAGAAGAUAACGCGUUCGACGGUGCCGCAAACAUUCAGGAGCUGAUGCUGGAUGGAAACCUCAUCCAAACACUGACUUCCAGGACUUUUCUUGGUUUACACAGUCUCACUUUGCUAUCUUUGGGCGACAAUAAGAUACGAUGUAUAGCACCAGGUUCCUUCGACCACCUCACCAUGUUGUCUACUCUUACUCUAUCAGGCAAUCCAAUUCAAUGCUCAUGCCACAUGGCAUGGCUCUCGGGCUGGCUUCGGUCUCGUCGACUCACACCCGCGGCCCUCUGCGCGUCACCAUCCGCCCUUGCAGGCACUGACUUGACUCAUUUGGAAAUUGCAGACUUCAAGUGUACAGCCGAAGAUGUGGGUUGCCUCCCAUCAGACUACUGCCCCGAGGGCUGCACGUGUGCUGGUAGCGUCGUUCGAUGCGCAAGAGCUAAACUAACGGCCUUACCUUCGCGUGUUCCGCCCUACACCACUGAACUGUAUUUGGAAUCCAACGAGAUUAGCAGCAUCUCAUCAGAACAGCUCCGACAUUUGGUGCACUUGACCAGACUGGAUUUAUCCAACAACAAAAUAUCAGUUCUAUCCAAUAACACAUUCGAUGGUUUGACCAAGCUUUCCACGCUCAUUGUCAGCUACAAUCGGCUUAGAUGUGUGCAGAGGGAUGCCCUCAAAGGCCUGACGCAACUCAGGGUGUUGUCCCUUCACGGCAACAAUAUCUCAAUGCUGGCGGAUGGUGUAUUCCGCGAUCUGGAAUCCAUCUCCCAUGUUGCCCUUGGCUCAAACCCAUUGUACUGCGAUUGCUCCCUCCGCUGGCUGGCGGAUUGGGUGAAGUCGGGAGGAGAGUUUGUGGAAGCUGGAAUAGCGAGGUGUGCUGCCCCCUCCAGGAUGACUGACAAACUGCUUCUCAGCACUCAUCCGACAGCUUUCACCUGCUCCGGUGAGCCACCGGCGGACAUAGUAUCGAAAUGCAACAAAUGCUAUCGCAACCCAUGUGCGAACGGGGGCAGUUGUUCGCCAAGCCGCGCUGGUGGAUUCACGUGCACAUGCGCGCGCGGUUACCAUGGCGACACGUGUCAAUACCAGAUUGACGCGUGCUACGGCUCGCCCUGCGCCCACGGAGUCUGUCAGUUGCUGGAGGAAGGACGGUUCCACUGCGCGUGCUCAGCGGGUUACACGGGCGUGCGAUGCGAAGCGGACAUAGAUGACUGCGUGUCCCACAGAUGCCAGAACAACGCCACCUGUCAGGACCGACUUGAGGGAUACGCUUGCAAAUGCGCGCCUGGCUAUAUGGGUGAAUUCUGCGAGAAGAAGAUCCCAUUCUGCACUUCGGAGUUUGCGCCAUGCGCCAACGGAGGCACCUGCGUGGACCACGGCAGCCACUACUCCUGCGCAUGCCCCAAGGGUUAUGCUGGCCAGAACUGCACCCUUAACCCUGAUGACUGCAUCAACCAUAUGUGCCAGAACGGAGCGACGUGCGUUGACGGGCUGGACGAGUACCGCUGCGCGUGCGCGAGUGGUUACGCGGGGCGGUACUGCGAGGCCGCACCCCACGCCGCCCUCGGGACCUCACCGUGCGCGCACCACGACUGCGUACACGGGGUCUGCUAUCUGCGUCCCCAGCAGCAUUUGGACGACAUAAUGAUGGACCGUCCCCUUUUGACUUCAAAUAAUGAUUACCUUUGCAAAUGUGCCCCGGGAUACUCUGGUCGCCUGUGCGAAUAUUUGACAUCACUGACAUUUAACCACAACGACUCACUGGUGGAGCUGGAGCCUCUACGGACCACGCCCAACGCUAACAUCACCCUAGUGUUCAGUAGCGUGCAACAGCACGGCGUGUUGGUGUACGUAGGGGCUGGGGAACACCUCGCGGUGGAACUCUUCAACGGAAGGAUAAGGGUCAGUUAUGACCUUGGGAACCAUCCUACGUCCACGAUGUACAGUUUUGAAAUGGUGUCAGAUGGCGCCUACCACAAGGCAGAGCUAUUGGCUCUGGGGAAAAACUUCACAUUAAGAGUCGACGACGGACCGGCGAGGUCUAUAAUUAACGAAGGCAACAACGAAUAUCUGCGAGUGGACCGCGCUAUGUACCUUGGAGGAGUCCCCGAAGACGUCGCGAGAGAAGCCUUCUCCAAGUGGCAUUUGAGGAAUAUUACCAGCUUCAAAGGUUGCCUGAAGGAAGCAUGGAUGAACCACAAGCGCGUGGACUUUGUGAACGCGGCCCGUAUGGUGCGCACGGGAGCCGGCUGCGGGGAGGCGCCGGGGGAGAGGGCAGACGGAGCUGGCGCCCCACCCUUCGUCUCCGCGCUUCAGGAGGACCAGGUUCACAGAUCGGACCCUUGCGUGCCCAACCCGUGUGGCAGAGGAGGCCGUUGUGUCCGCGAGGAGCAUUCGUCUUCUGACUUCACGUGCCGAUGUCGCCCUGGAACUGCCGGAGCCCAGUGCGAGCUGCUGACUUCGCUUGGUGGCGCUCCAGUCAUAACACAGAGCAAGUUACCGCCGAGGAAACAAACCAUCAGCAAUGUGCAGGCUUCACCUGCGGCUCCUGCUAAACCAGCAGAUAGGGCCUCGGCCGCCUCACCACCUCAGGCGGCUUGUCGAAAGGAAGCAACUCGGGAGUUCAUAACCGAAGGCUCGUGUCGCAGCCGUCGCGCUGUGCGUGGAGCCCGAUGCGUGGGCCCCGGGGGACGUGGGGCUCCGUCUGGGGCCUCGGGGGCCUGCCCGCGCUCACAGUGCUGCGCACCGAGGAAGACUAAGAAGAGAAAGAUUCGACUUGUAUGCUCCGAUGGUACCCGAUACACCAAAGACAUUGAGAUCGUGCGGAAGUGCGCAUGCGGCAAGAAAUGCAACCGAAGCACGCCGUUCCUGCACUAAUUUGACAUUACGCCAUCAUUGACAUUAAAAUGACACUGCCGUCUCAUUUAACCACAGAUGCUGCCCAAAUGUAAUAACAACGACCUAAUUGGCCUAAUUUGCAAUUGAUAUACCGGGGCCCCCUGAUGAGGCCCCAAAGGAAUCUGUCAAACUUUGUCGAUAACCUCAAUUUUUAUAUCAUAGAUUAGUUUAGAUAUAAAUACCCAGUAGUUGUAAGUUAUGUACUCAAAGAUUUAAAAUAGCUUUACUGUUGGCAUAAUAUUAUUUGCCCUAGAGGCUGAUCUGGCAUUUGCAAAUAAAUUCAGGGCCCUAAAUAUAUAUCUAGUUAUGUUCUGAUUUUGCGUUUAUGUAACACUUAAACUUAAUCUUUUUUUGUAUAAUAUUUGUAUGUACGUUAAACUGUUUGAUUUUUAUUCGGAAAUCUGGGCCUCAAAAUCAAAUAAAAAAAUCAGACGUUAAUUUACAAACUUCGGGGCUCCAAAAUCAAGUUCGGCCCUGGAUAUUUUGAUAUUUAUGUAAGAUGUUGCUUUAAUGAUUUUAUAAAUAUCAAACACCUCAGGUUUAUUUACAAACUACGGGCCCCAAUAUCAAGUACGGCCCUGGAUAUUUUGAUAUUUAUGUAAGAUGUUGCUUUAAUGAUUUUAUAAAUAUCAAACACCUCAGGUUUAUUUACAAACUACGGGCCCCAAUAUCAAGUACGGCCCUGGAUAUUUUGAUAUUUAUGUAAGAUGUUGCUUUAAUGAUUUUAUAAAUAUCAAACACCUCAGGUUUAUUUACAAACUACGGGCCCCAAUAUCAAGUACGGCCCUGGCUAACGAUUCUUGCCGGUUUCGAAUUAGAUAAGAAAUUUUGUAUAAAAUAUUUAUUAAUAUUUCGUUGCUAACGCUAAUUGUAAAUGUGUAGCAUAGGUUUUUAGCAUUCCGUAUUUAUUUCUACCGUCGGUAGCCAUUCAGUAUUAGUUAAAUCUGCUGAGGACUAGUAUCCUUCGUAGAUCACUUAAGUAAGCUUUAAGUUGGUCAUGUGGUCGCAUGCGCUUCUGUAAUCUAUUAUGUAAUAUUGUCUAUGAACUUUAUAAUUUAUUGAUGUAAUAAAGACGAUGUUAGAUA